GUGCGCCUCCCUGGCGCUCUUGGGGCUCUCCCUCUAACCUAAAGAACCUCGCGCCCAGAGAGGCCGGAAGCCUCUUUAAAAACGGGAGCGCCCUCCACCCCAACUCGGCUGCCAGCCGACCGGGAGGAAUUGCGACGCAGAAAGUCAAAAGGAGGAUCCUCCCCUUCCUCCUCGCCGGCCUUUAUUUAAAUUCCGGGGCUCCGGUGACACCGUUGCGGUGAGGGGCGCGGACGCUUCCUCGCGAAAUGCGAGCCGGCGAGGCCUCCACGUUUUGGGGAACCCUGGCGGCGGCCGGGAGUUUGCGCUGAGGACUGAGGGCUCGGCGGCCGCGGUGACAGUGCCGGUGGGGCCGCGGUCCUGGGCACUACCCACCUCGCGGAGGCCGUGCCCGGCUGGCCUCGUCGGAGUCCGCCUCCUGGGCGGAGCCGGGGCGGGGGUGUGUGUGGACACGUGUGUGUGCGUGUGUGUGUGUGUGUGUGUGUGCCGACACGUAAGUGCGCGGACGGGCGCGGAGGUGUCAGGAACUGGGACGUUCGGGGUGGGUGGCACUUUGAGUCAUUUGUGAAUGUGUGGAUUUGGCAAACCCGGACAACUGAAACAGACGAGCGCGGAGCGCGGUAGAGACCGCACCUGAAGCAACUAUGCCUUGAUUCUGGGUAUGCACUGGGGGCUCCGGGAAAUGUGUAUUUGAAAUUUGCUUUUGGUGUGCCGGUGUUUUUGUUUGUUUUGUGAUUCCGUUCUACUUUAGCUUUUCAAUCAGGCCCCAUUAGGAAGUACCUUAAAUUCAGAGCUAAGCCUUCCAGGAUUUUGCUUGCAUUCGUUACGCACGGAAUGCUUUAGGAAAGACGAUUCGAGAGCUGUCUUUCAUUUUUUUGUGUCUCCUGGCUCUUUCCACAAAUAGGAAGCUAUUUCUAGAACCUUUCAUCUGAUGAUUUGAUAACAUCAAGUGAGCUGCUUUUUAAACUGCAGACUGAGGAGAAAGAAAAGUGAAAUAAAAUGAGGAUUAACAUCCUUUUUAAAUGCAGUGACUCUGGAGAGAGAUGCCUUCUGGUUUUAGUAGCAGAUUACUGUGAAGCUCUCCGUAGUUUACGCUGGGGGCAGGUGGAUGGAAUUAUAAAUCAGAAAAAGAGAGUAAUAUAUUUCACCUGUUUUAAAGCUAAAUAGAUGAAUUACACAUCACUGACCACAUCGAGGCUAGGAACCUUCUGGAGAAAGGAUGCAGGAAUCAAGGAGGAAGAUUUGAAAUCUCUUUGGCAGAACUCCUCCUUUGGCAUGAAAAGAAGAAACACAGUUGGUUAAGCAGGCAGUUUUACUUUUUCAAUCUGCCAGGUGAGGUGGAAGGAACCAUUCUGGCUUGUGGUACGGAUGCCAAGUGUGUGACCUGUGCCCUCUCUAGGCUACAUGACUCCCUGAAGGACCAGAACAAUGUUAUGUUGGGGAUAUUGGUCUCUGGGCCAACCUGGGAUCAGCACCAACCUGCAGGGGAUUGUGGCCGAGCCACAGGUGUGUGGCUUCAUAUCCGACAGAAGCGUCAAGGAGGUGGCCUGUGGAGGAAACCACUCCGUGUUCCUCCUGGAAGAUGGGGAAGUUUACACAUGUGGUUUGAACACCAAGGGGCAGCUGGGCCAUGAGAGGGAAGGAAACAAGCCAGAGCAAAUUGGAGCUUUGGCAGAUCAACACAUCGUGCAUGUGGCGUGUGGCGAGUCCCACAGCCUGGCCCUCAGUGACCGGGGCCAGCUGUUUUCUUGGGGUGCGGGGAGUGAUGGCCAACUAGGGCUCAUGACCACCGAAGACUCUGUAGCAGUGCCCAGGUUAAUACAAAAGCUGAACCAGCAGACAAUAUUACAAGUUUCCUGUGGCAACUGGCAUUGCUUGGCUCUUGCAGCUGAUGGUCAGUUCUUCACAUGGGGGAAGAACAGCCAUGGGCAGCUGGGCCUGGGAAAGGAGUUCCCCUCCCAGGCCAGCCCGCAGAGGGUGAGGUCCCUGGAGGGGAUCCCACUGGCGCAGGUGGCUGCAGGAGGGGCCCACAGCUUUGCCCUGUCUCUCUCAGGAGCUGUUUUUGGCUGGGGGAUGAAUAAUGCAGGACAGCUAGGGCUCAGUGAUGAGGAAGAUCGAGAGUCUCCUUGCCACGUGAAGCUUCUACGAACACAAAAAGUUGUCUAUAUUAGUUGUGGAGAAGAGCAUACAGCAGUUCUUACAAAGAGUGGAGGUGUGUUUACCUUUGGUGCUGGUUCCUGUGGGCAGCUUGGACACGACUCCAUGAAUGAUGAGGUUAAUCCGAGAAGAGUUCUGGAGCUGAUGGGCAGUGAAGUAACGCAGAUUGCUUGUGGCAGACAACAUACCCUAGCCUUCGUGCCUUCUUCUGGACUCAUCUAUGCAUUUGGUUGUGGAGCGAGAGGUCAAUUAGGAACUGGACACACUUGUAAUGUCAAGUGCCCAUCUCCCGUGAAAGGUUACUGGGCUGCCCAUAGUGGCCAGCUUUCAGCCAGGGCUGAUCGCUUUAAAUAUCACAUUGUUAAGCAGAUUUUCUCUGGAGGAGACCAAACUUUUGUACUUUGCUCCAAAUAUGAGAAUUCUUCUCCUGCUGUUGACUUCAGGACGAUGAACCAAGCGCAUUACACCAGUUUAAUAAAUGAUGAAACCAUAGCAGUUUGGAGACAAAAACUCUCAGAACACAACAAUGCAAAUACCAUCAAUGGUGUUGUUCAGAUAUUGUCUUCUGCAGCCUGUUGGAAUGGAAGUUUUCUUGAAAAAAAAAUUGAUGAGCAUUUUAAAACAAGUCCCAAAAUCCCUGGGAUUGACCUGAACUCAACGAGAGUGUUAUUUGAGAAGUUAAUGAGCUCUCAGCACUCCAUGAUUCUAGAGCAGAUCCUGAAUAGCUUUGAAAGUUGCCUGAUUCCUCAGUUGUCGAGUUCACCACCAGAUGUUGAAGCAAUGAGAAUCUACUUAAUACUCCCUGAGUUUCCCCUGCUUCAGGAUUCCAAGUACUACAUAACGUUGACUAUCCCCCUGGCGAUGGCCAUUCUGCGGCUGGAUACAAACCCCAGCAAAGUCUUAGAUAACUGGUGGUCUCAGGUAUGCCCGAAAUAUUUCAUGAAGCUGGUAAACCUCUAUAAAGGUGCAGUCGUUUAUCUCCUGAGAGGAAGAAAGACAUUCUUAAUUCCCGUACUGUUUAACAAUUAUGUUACAGCAGCUCUGAAGCUCUUGGAGAAGUUAUACAAGGUAAAUCUUAAAGUGAAGCAUGUGGAAUAUGAUACAUUUUACAUUCCUGAGAUUUCCAAUCUCGUGGACAUUCAGGAAGACUACCUCAUGUGGUUCUUGCAUCAAGCAGGCAUGAAGGCUAGACCAUCUAUAAUACAGGAUGCUGUUACACUUUGUUCCUACCCUUUUAUCUUUGAUGCCCAAGCCAAGACCAAAAUGCUGCAGACUGAUGCUGAAUUGCAGAUGCAGGUGGCGGUCAACGGAGCCAACCUGCAGAAUGUCUUUAUGCUUCUCACCUUGGAGCCUCUGCUGGCCAGAAGCCCCUUCCUGGUCCUCCACGUUCGCAGGAACAACCUUGUCGGAGAUGCCCUGAGAGAGCUGAGCAUUCAUUCUGAUAUUGAUUUGAAAAAGCCUCUCAAAGUCAUUUUUGAUGGUGAAGAAGCAGUGGAUGCUGGUGGUGUCACAAAAGAGUUCUUUCUUUUACUGUUAAAAGAACUGUUGAAUCCCAUCUAUGGAAUGUUUACCUACUAUCCAGAUUCAAAUCUCUUGUGGUUUUCAGAUACGUGUUUUGUAGAGCACAACUGGUUUCACUUGAUUGGCAUAACCUGUGGCCUCGCCAUCUACAACUCCACCGUGGUCGACCUGCACUUCCCGCUGGCGCUCUAUAAGAAGCUGCUGAACGUGAAGCCUGGCCUGGAAGACUUGAAAGAGCUGUCACCCAUGGAAGGAAGGAGUCUUCAAGAACUUUUAGAUUACCCUGGGGAAGAUAUUGAGGAGACUUUCUGCCUCAACUUUACGAUUUGUCGAGAAAGCUAUGGAGUGAUUGAACAGAAGCAGCUGAUACCUGGGGGAGACAAGGUGACCGUGUGCAAGGAUAACAGGCAGGAAUUUGUGGAAGCUUAUGUGAAUUAUGUCUUCCAAAUCUCAGUUCACGAAUGGUACACAGCCUUCUCCAGCGGCUUCCUAAAGGUGUGUGGUGGCAAAGUGCUUGAGCUCUUCCAGCCUUCAGAACUGAGGGCCAUGAUGGUGGGGAACAGCAACUACAACUGGGAGGAACUGGAAGAGACUGCCAUCUACAGGGGUGAUUACUCAGCCGCACAUCCCACUGUGAGACUAUUUUGGGAAACAUUUCAUGAGUUCCCACUGGAAAAGAAGAAGAAGUUUCUCUUGUUCCUGACGGGUAGUGAUCGGAUUCCCAUCUACGGCAUGGCCAGCCUGCAGAUCAUCAUCCAGUCCACAGCCAGCGGGGAGGAGUACUUGCCUGUGGCCCACACUUGCUACAACCUUCUUGACCUCCCCAAGUACAGCAGCAAAGAGGUCCUGAGUGCACGGCUGACCCAGGCCCUGGACAACUACGAGGGGUUCAGCUUGGCCUGAGGCUCCCCAGCUUGCCCCAGAUUUCCCUUCCUUCCUCAGCGUCCACCUUGAGGCCCAUAUAGAAAAUCAUGGGCGUGAGUUCUAUUUUUCUAUUGCAUAAGUGGGUUGGGACUUGUGACUCCUGAACCUGGUUGAUGGUUUUCUGGGGUGGUAAGCAGGAACCUUUUUGAAAAAUCAGGGGCUGGGGAUGGGGUGAAAAAUUGGCUCUUGUGGGGGCGGUGUUUUUGUUUUUAAACCAAAUUAGCCCGUAUUCCUUGCACUUGUGGCUGUGUUGCACUCUGCUGGAUAAAAUGGCAGUGGAUUUUUAAACUCACAUUUCCCCAGUGUCUCUCUCAGCCCUGAUCUUUCCUCAUGAUGCUUCCUUGUCCUUCGUCUAACUUCUCAUUCCUCUGCAAGAAUGAUUUGAUUAUCCGUCCUUUCUCACCUGCACAUGCAGAAUGUCUCCUUUCUCUGCAGCCUUGGAAAUGCUCCUGGCUUGUUGCAGCCCUACCCUAAGGACAAAGGAAAGAAAGGACUACUUCAGAAAUUCUUAAGUCCAACAAGCUGAAUCUGGGUCCAUUACUUUGGCGGAACUCUGGAGAACUGAUGGGAG